AAGACAUUCGUAGCAUCGGUUGAUCGUGAAAACUUACCCGUUCACCGUUUGCGGUCUUCGGAGUCAUAAACUGGUCACGGCAUCAGGUCUUUUCCUACUCCAGCAUCCAUCCCCGUCAACGAGAGCUUCAGAGGGAUCAUCAAGAUGCCUCUCACUUCGUUGGACGGCCUCCUCAAGUUCACGGUACUUGUUAACGGCGAUAGAACUCCCCUCGAACCGCUUAUGCUGUAUCGAACGUCGCAAAAGACCGUAGGGAUCGUUGAUUUCGCUCCUGAUCAACGGUUCGAAAUCAAAUGGGAGCUGGUCGCAGGCUGGAACAGUCUACCCCAGGAUGGGUCAGAAAAAUACUGUGAUUACCUGCGAACCCUUGCAUUUGUCAACGAAGAUGAUGCUGGGUUGGCAGACUGGCGAAGGCCCCAUUUCCGUGGCUCGUUCCCUCUCGACAAUGACCGAGCCUUCCACUGCAAAGCCCAUCUCAAAUUCGAUCUCUGGAGGGGGUACAAGGGCCGGCGAUUGGGCUAUCAAGAAGACAAGUUUCACACCGUCAUUCUUCUCUACCGGACCCGGCCCGAUGGACACCGUCAGAACUGCUUGAGUUCCGACUAUUGUCCGGCUUUCUUCGCUGAGAUGGCUCGAGCAGAUAGGCACGGGCUCGAGCAGCGAGAACGGCAGGCGGCGGAACAACGAGAGCGGGACGUGGCGGAUCAGCGAGCGCAAAGGGAAUUGGAGGUUGCACAAGGCCUCAACGAGCGAGAGCGGUUGCUUUUACAACGUGAGCUGGCGGUCGAGGAACGGGAGCGGGAACUAGAACGGCGAGAACGAGAUAUCGUCCACGCUACUCCAAAUCCGGUGGACGAGGAUCGCAAGCCCGUGAUUCCCGAAGUCCAGGAUACCGAAUCCGAGUCUCGCCUCGAAGGUCGACUUGCGAAGGUGGAGCAGGAACUUGCUAGUCUGCGGAGUAUGAUCAGGAGAAGGGACAGCAGGAGCCCGUCACCCUCUGAGCCAUCCGGUGCGCGCAAGCGACCUCGUCGAAGCAACGGCGCUUUGUGAUGAACAAUACACUUGUUCACGGACAAGCGUCCCGUCAGCGUUCCAUGCAUCACGGUACCUUUUCACCCCCACUUGCCCGACCGACCAUUCCUUGCCUUGGGAACAGGCUUCCCUUUGACGGAUCUCAUACGCCUUACGAUGCUAGUCUGUACUCACGAUACAAUACAUGUACCUCUAGACUAUACCUGCCAUACCCUCAUCACGCUCCCAUGACCAUCUCGCAGCACUACUACCGUGACAUACUCGGUCGUCGUCCGUGCGCGUCGCCCGCGAGACUCUCGAUGGUGGUAACUUAGGCUGGGUACUGCCACAUCACG